GGUGUGCAUUGUGUAUGUGUGGGCAGGCAGUGUCAGGAUGUGGUUUAAAUGUGUUAGAGUUUUCUUAGAGAAACAAAGUCAUCUUUAAAACAGGAUGAAGAUCGCACCAGUCUGCCUCAUGAUCACUGCAGCUGCUGCUACUCUCAGCAUCCAUCCCGACAGGUCAGUCUUCUUUUUUUAUGAAACCGUGACUCUGAGCUGUGCAGUGCCAGGCAGCUUCAGCAGCUGGACAGUGAAGAGAAACACCUCCACAAAGUCUUCUGUUUCAUGUGAGACCUGGGGCCAAUUCAAUGGGUCAUCCUGCACCAUCAAAGGUGUCUACCCAUCAGACAGUGGAGUGUACUGGUGUGAGUCUGACAGCGGGGAGUGCAGCAACACCAUCAACAUCAGAGUGGCAACUGGUGUGAUCCUGCAGGGUCCUGCUGUUCCUCUGACUGAGGGAGACAGUGUGACACUAAACUGCUCCUAUAAGGAAAAAUAUGCAAAGGAGUCUACGUCCAAUUUCAGCGCAGUUUUCUACAGAAAUGGUGCUUUUAUUGGAAAUAAGUCUGAAGGAAGGUUGAGCUUUACCCAUGUGUCCAAGGAGAACGAAGGCUUCUACAAGUGUGAACAUCCCGAAAAAGGACAGUCACCGGUGAUCUGGCUGGAAGUGAGAGGUAAUGAUAAUGAUAACACUAACAACCCUGUUAGUGUCGGUGCCAUUGGUGUCAUAGUUGGUGGCGUUGUCAUCACUGUCAUCACUGUCAUCGCUGUCAUUGCUUGGUGCAAAUUCUAGAAACUUUGGCAAAAGUGAAGACAAAAUAGAGGACGAGGCAAUAAUCCAAACAAUGGGCAAGCAGAACCACAACAAGAAGAGAUUCCACUGAGAGAAGAGCAAGAGCUGCCAAACUGACAGCUUGUCCAACAGCUUGGUCUCACAGCAGAACAUAAAUUGAUCUCAAAAGAACUGCGUGUUGGCUUUUGGUCAUGGACAUUUUUUAAGUUAACAAUACUUUUGUGUUUAGAGACAUUUGAUAUGACUAUCCAAGAAACAUCUCCUGGAUGCACUGGCACCCAUCUUCAGUGAUGUAUCCUGGAGUCAAUAGGCCUUUCGGAUCUCGCAACAUCAUAGACCCUCACCCAGGCGACCCAGCCCUCUUCUUCACUGCCCCAGUCACACCCAGCUAGCAAAGGACUUUGCAGAGUGAUCGUCCAGCAAAGCCCCUACAACCCCCUCUAUGGGCUCAUAGAGUGCCUCCCAUUCCCUUCCCCUGCACUCCUGCAGUAGUUCCUGGUACUUGGCGCGUUUCCUCUCUUUGGCAUCCUCAAUCCACUCUUCUCAGGGCACUGUGAGUUCCAGCAUGAUCAGAUGACAACCUUGCAAUUAAAAAAAAAAAACUGAAAACACACACACACUUGUUAUUAAUUAAGAUAACAAGUGCUACAGAAGCUACAUGCAAUUACCGCCUAUCAUUUAAUUGUUAUAUUGGUGCUAGUCAGUAUUGUUUUUGCACAUGCUACAACAGAAGAGCCUUUUCAGAUUGUAAGGUCUGUGUAGGACAAAGUAUAGUUUUACUUCUGGAUCUACAGUAUGGAUUUAAUGCAGUACAAUAUACCUGUCAUGGUAUGGAUGAGUGCUGGAUUUUCCUGUGUGCCACCACUGGGCAAAGUUGCUGCGCUUCCUCUCGCUUGCUGCAGCUUUGAGUAAUCAGCCUGCAGGUUUUUAAGACCAGCGCUCACAAACACUCCUUGCUGGAAAGUAGGCUAACCCUACAGUUCCACGGAUGCCAGGAUCUGACAUUGUUCUCUCUCGUUUUAGUGACUGUGAGAGCUUUGCUCUGUGAUAUUCCCAUAGCAUUUCACAGUAGUAUUCUAAUUUUGUCUCUAGUGAAAUCUGUCUAGACUGCCAUCAAGAGUGCUUUACCGUCAGUCUCAGUCCCCUGUGUUUACAGUAUUUUCGUGACCAUAGCUGGACUGGCCAUCAAAUCCCCGGUAUGCCUAAUGGUGAUUUUUUUUGUUUUUAUGGGCCGAUGGUUUUUUUUUUCUGUUUUUUUGUAAUGGUAUAAACACUUAAAGGUGAUGGAUUGGCCAGAUGCUGGGAGAUGCGUAGAAAUAACUCAGUUGUUUGGUGGUGGCUAUUGCGGAGCUUCCACAGAUUCAGUA